AUGAAUAAAAAUAAACUAACUGACCCCAAACAUGUUGCUAGUGCUUUCAACAAUUAUUUCUCAAAUAUAGCACAGAAGUUAAUAAAUACACACCAUGACAAACUGCCAACCAAUCACACAGAUCAAAAAAUUCAUCCAAACACAUUAUGCCUGUAUCCAGCAACACCUGAAGAACUGUCAAGAAUCCUAAAAGAAUUACUUAAUAAAUAUUUAGUGAUUGUUGAUGAGAUACCAGAUGCUAUUAUCAAAGCUAGUGUAACAUUUAUUGUGGAACCACUAACAGACAUAGCAAAUUCAUCUUUUGAGAGUGGUAUAUUUCCAAAUAAUCUAAAAACUGUAAAAGUAACACCUUUGCACAAUAAGGGUGCAAAAAGUAAUAUUGCUAAUUAUAGACCAGUUUCAGUUUUGUCAGGCUUCAGCAAAAUUAUGGAAAAAAAUGCCUUAGAAGAUUUCUUAAAUAAAGGGAGGCUGAUAAGUGACUCCCAACAUGGGUUCAGAGCUGGAAAGUCAACACAGUCAGCAAUUUUUGCCUUCUUAAUUGAAGUAUUAAAAGCAGUGGAUGAUAAAAAACAUGUAUCUUGGAUAUUUCCAGGUCUAUGUAAAGCCUUUGAUGUAAUUGAUCAUGGCAUUCUCUUGUGUAAAUUAAGUAAUUAUGGAAUUAGAGGCCAGUCUGAAAAGUGGAUCCAGUCGUACCUCAGUUUCAAACUUAAUAUUACAAUUGGUGUAUUAUGCUCAAAGAUAGCUAUUACACUCCAGAUAGUCUUGCCAAUAGCAAUUCCUAAUAGCAGCUGCCAUCAAAUAUAA